AUGGCAAAAGUUUCUUCAUCCAUUUGCCAUGUGUCGGUUCUCCUGCUUUUUGUUCAGCCUCAGGAAGAGCGUAUUGGUUGGCGUCUGAAGAGACUGUUCCGGUGUUUAUAUGUGAAGAGCAAUGAGCAGUUUCUAUGCCGUAGCAGCGGCCCAACGUUCAUCAAACUGGGGCAGUGGGCCAGCACACGGCGUGAUAUCUUUAGCAAGGAAUUUUGUGAUCGGAUGUCGAUACUGCAUACGAAGUCUAGGAGGCAACAACGUUUCCGUGAAUGUGAUCGAGUUUUUGAUGAAUUGUUCGGUGAAGGAUUUGCUAAGAAUUACAAAAAGGAUGUAUUUCUUUAUAUCGAACCGUAUUCGAUUGGUUCCGGAUGCAUCUCUCAGGUGAUUGUGGUCUAUGCUUCCAUUUCAGCAGUCACAGGAAGAACCUAUCCACAAUUGGCAGGUUGUGAAAAACGAGAUGUUGUUAUCAAAGUAAAACCCGGUGUUGAGGACGAAAUCAAUUUAGAUCUGUCGAUACUACGAAAUGCUAUAACUCUAUUAAUGAAGGUUGUCCCAUCCCUGGAAUAUAUGGAACCGUUGUCGGCAUUGUCUCAGUUUGAAGUUGUCCUGCGUCGUCAAGUCGACCUUAGAUACGAGGCCAGAGCGUUGUUGAGGUUUUCCAAGAAUUUCGAUCAUAAGAAGACCGGCAUCAAGUUUCCUCUUGUUAUUGGCUACACAAAAGAUGUGUUAUUAGAAACAUUUGAGGAUGGGAUAUGCAUUAACCGCCUUGUAUCCGAGGAAAAGGACUCAGAGUUGGUUCCUUUUCUUUCGCUCUUAGUGCGAAAACGAAUCGCCUUACUGGGUGCAAGAGCGCUACUGAAAAUGAUAUUCGUUGACAACUUCGUGCACGGUGAUCUACAUCCGGGAAAUAUUUUGAUCCGAGACAACGAACGAUUGUCUGGUGUACAUGUCGCUCCACGGAAUGAGACUUUAUUCAGGCGCGGUUUGGAGCUGUUCCGAGAUUUGAUUGGUUGGAGAGCGUCUGCUCUCGUUCGAUUCACUGAUUCUCCGGAAUUGGCUGACGAACCAACAUUGAUCAUGCUUGACACCGGUAUCGUCUUUUCAGAAACAGAGAAUUGUCUGCGAAGUUUGAAGGCAUUGUUUAGAGCGAUCAUCGAUAAGCAGGGUUACAAGGCCGGGGAAAUGCUACUUGCUCAUGCCGAGAACAGGAGAAACUGUUCCAACCCGCAUGAAUUUUGUAUGCAAGUGGAUCGCCUUGUUGCUAGAGCGAUGAAAGAGCGAUCGCUUAGGAAGAUGAACAUCUCGACACUUUUAUCGGAGUUGUUCUCCCUUGUGGCAGCCUAUAACGUCUACCUGGAUUCAUCGUUUACAUCUGUCGUGCUUUCCGUAAUGGUACUCGAAGGACUUGGCAGAUCACUUGAUCCCGACAUUGACCUCUUUCAAUGUGCACGGCCGUAUUUGUUAAACAUGGUGUAA